AUGCCUGGGCGCGUGCAAUGCGGCGUCCUGCUGCGCGAAUUCAUCUCCCACUCGCUCUACCACCCCACGAAGGGGUUCUUCAACCGACGGGCCACCCCGGUCGGGCGCCUGCCCGCGCCCAUCGACUUCCCUGCGCUCCCGGGCGCGGGGGCCUACAAGGCGAUCGUAGCGCACGUCUUCAGGGAGCUUGGUGUGUCGUUCCUGACGCCUGGAGAGAUCUUCCGGCCGUACUACGGCCACGCAGUUGCCCGCUGGAUCCUGGAGGAGCACCGCCGCGCGGCGCGGCGCGCUGCCCCGCAGCGCCUCAACCUGCAGGUGUACGAGCUUGGUGCGGGUCGCGCCUCCCUGGCGUGCGACAUCCUAGACUACUUCCGUGACCACGCGGCGGAGGUGUACGGGCGCAUGCGGUACGCCACGGUGGAGGCGAGCAGGGAGCUGGCGGGCCGGCAGCGGCAGGCGUUCGAUGAGAGGGGGCACGGGCGCGUGGCGUCCGUGCAGCAGCGGGACGCGUCGACUGCGGCCGGGUGGGGGAGGCGGGACGCCAGACACUGCGUCGUGAUCGCCACGGAGGUGCUGGACAACAUGCCGCACGACCGCGUGGUCGCGCGGGCGCACGGAGGGGUCUCGGAGCUGCACGAGACAUGGGUGGUCCCACGGGCCGAUGCGGCCCCGCAAGACUGGAUGGACAACGCAGACGGGAGCUCAGUUAUCGAGGAGCUGCGUCCGCUGUCGGACGUGCUGAUCCGGCGCACACUGGCCGCCUACCAGUCCAGCCGCGAGUCGCCCGACGCAUGGCCUGCGCUGCAGGCGGAGGCACGCGUGUCGGCGGGGUCGCGCCUCGGAAGCUUCGUCGACUGGCUGGCCGGGGGCUCCGCGAGCUCGGCUGCAAGCGUGCGCGGCAGCGACGAGGGCGACGCGAUCCUGCACCUGCCCACGACGGCAACGCGCUUCUUCGAUGCCUUGCACGCAGCGCGACCGAACCACUCGCUACUGAUGGCCGACUUCGACGCGCUCCCGGGCGUGCAGAUUCCAGGUGUCAACGCGCCCCUGGUGUCGGAACUCAUCGCGGGCGAAGGCCACCGCGACCACCCAAGCUACCUGAUUCCGGCAGGCCGAGCCGACAUUUUCUACCCGUCGGACUUCCCGGCCCUCUGUGCUUCGUACCUCAGCUCGGCGCAGCACUCCAAGCGCGCCGAAGAACGCGCGCCGCGGCCCAGUCACGCCGAUUCGACGGCGCAGUGUUCGCACGAGCAGAGCCGCUCCUUCUUGCAGCGGUGGGCGCCGUGGGAGCGCGCGACCACGGGCUCGGGCUACAACCCCAUGCUCGAGGAGUUCCCCAACACCAGGUUCCUGACGGCGCGGAGUCUCUAG